GAAGCUGGAAAGAUAAAAUCCGAAAAAAAAAAAAAAUUUAAGAGAAAUCCACCCACCGAAAAAAAAAAAAAAAAAGAACUUCUGUGAAACCACUGCCUCGUACUCUAGCCGGCCGACGAUCGGUCUCCGGCGGAUGGAAGCUCCGACGAUCUCCUCCUCCUCGUCUCCUUCCACACGGAAUGUCCGUAUCUCCGAUCACCCCCGCCACGUCUUCCACGAAAAGCCCCUGUGCUAAGCCAAAGCAACCUCGCUCGCUCUCGCUUGCAAGUUAUUCGACCCUUCGGAGUGGGAAUUCAUUCUCCGAUUGAGGUUGAAGGUAAGCAAUUAGCUGCCGAUCGGGCCUAAUUUGGCCGGAUUUAUUCGAGCGUUCCUGUGGCCGGACCGCCGCCGAGGUCGUCGUCGUCGUCGUGCGCGCCCCGAUUCUGUUCCUGUGGAAUGUGCGGGAAUUUCUUCUCGAGGGACGCCGGUUUUGGGAGUUCCUGAGCGACUCUGCGAUUUUUUUGUUUGUGGGUUGUUCUGUUCUUCUCUCUCGAAUUUGUGUGAAUAAGUUUUUUUGGGAGUUGGAGAGGCGGAUUUGUCUGUAACAUGCAAAGGACCGGAGCUCUGUGAAAAUGGUGGACUGUUGUUGACGAAGGGAGUAGUGGGGGGACUGAAUUUUUUGGAAGCUUGUGCACUGUUGAAGAGGCAUCGGCCGCCGGAGCCAUGCCGCCGAAGAUCCAACCGAUCGACAUCGAUCCUCGGGUCCUCCACCACCACCGCGAGCCUGCCCGGGCCGAUGCCGGGAAGCCGGUCCUGAAGUCGCGCCUCCGGAGGCUGUUCGACCGGCAGUUCCCGGGCGUCCUGAGGAUUUCGUCGUCGGAGAAGGCGGCCGGCGGCGAAGCUCCUCCUCCUCCUCCUCUUCCCCAGUACGGCAAGGACGGAGGAGGAGGAGGCGGGGGCGGAGGAGGAGGAGCGGCCGAGUUCGAGCCGAGCUCGGUUUGCCUGGCGAAGAUGGUGCAGAACUUCAUCGAGGAGAGCAACGAGAAGCAAUCGGUGGCCAAGUGCGGCCGCAACCGCUGCAAUUGCUUCAACGGCAACAACAACGACAGCUCCGACGACGAAUUCGACAUCUUCGACGGCUUCGCCGAGUCGGGGGCCAACGGAUCGUCGGCCGACGCCUCGGAUGCUCUCAAGGGAUUGAUUCCGUGCACCAGCGUUUCAGAGAGAAACCUCCUGGCGGACACUGCGAAGAUCGUGGAGAAGAACAAGAACCUGAAGCGCAAGGACGAUCUGAGGAAGAUCGUCGUCGAGAAUUUGUCAUCCCUCGGCUACGAUUCCUCCAUCUGCAAAUCCAAAUGGGAUAAGACCUCCGCCUUCCCCGCCGGCGAGUACGAGUACAUCGACGUGAUCGUUGAAGGCGAGAGGCUGCUGAUCGACACCGACUUCAGAUCGGAGUUCGAGAUCGCCCGAUCGACCGGGACCUACAAGGCGAUCCUCCAGUCGCUGCCGUACAUCUUCGUCGGCAAGGCGGAGCGCCUCGGCCAGAUCGUCGCGAUCGUGUCGGAGGCGGCGAGGCAGAGCCUGAGGAAGAAAGGCAUGCACGUCGCCCCGUGGCGGAAGGCCGAGUACAUGCGGGCCAGGUGGCUGAGCCCCUACACGAGAGCCUCCAAGGCCGACGCCGCCGACGACCCCGCCGCCGCCGAUCCCGAUCCGGAGAAGGCGGCCGGAGGCGAGAAGGAGAGCGCGAUCGAGGGCGAGUGCGGCGAGUUCGAGCUGAUAUUCGGCGUGGACGAAUCCGUGCCGCCGCCGCCGCCGCCGUCGUCGCCGGAAGAGGAACCGGAGCCGUCGGCCGGAGGCGCCGGGGCGGGAGAGUGGCGGCCGCCGGCGGUGAGGCCGAAGAGCGCCGAGAUGGGAGGAGGGGCCAAGGUGGUCACCGGGCUGGCUUCCCUCCUCAAGGAGAAACCCUAAACCAAUUUUGGAAAUAUCCUUUUUUUUUUUGUUUUGCCCUUUUUCCGCCCAAUUUUCUCCGGCUUAAAAAAAAGAAGAAGAAGUAUAUCUCUACAAUAUAUAUAUAUGGACCUGGAAAAUGGAAAAUAUAAAUAUGUGUCGAAUAGAGCAAUAUAUCUCUAUAUAAAUUCGAGUAAUUUCCUCUC